AUGUCUUCAGGUAUUAAACCCUCAGCAAAAUGUGAAGCCGCGUAUAAGAAACUGAAAAUGGACCACUGUCACCGAUAUAUCUUGUUUCAAAUCGUUAAUAAUGAAAUAGAUGUAAUUAAAACUGCUCCUAGAGGCGAAACUAUAUCACAAUUUCAAGAUGAAGUUAUGAAGCAUCAACACACGGGGUGCUAUGGUGUAUUAGACCAUGAAUGUGAAGGUGUUAAAGGAUCGAACUUAAUAUACUUCUCAUUAGUGUCCGAUUCCGCACUACCCAUGACAAGAAUAUUAUAUGCGACAACGCGAAUGACGCUGAAAUCAAGUUUCGACGGGAUAAAAACUAAUAUUGAGGCUCACGACAUCAAUGAACUUAUGGAGAAAUUAAAAACCAGUUCAGCUACAGAUAAAAGAAAAACUCGAUAA